AUGGCGUCUGCUGAUCUGAAAGAAAAUCUGAUCUGCUCCAUCUGCCUAGAUGUCUGUACGGAUCCUAUAGUCCUGAGCUGUGGACAUAACUUCUGCUGGGCCUGUAUUCCGAAUGUGCUGGAUACACAGGAAGGGUCUGGAAUUUCUACCUGUCCUGACUGCAGAGCAGAUAUUCAGGAGUAUCCUGCACUGGAGAGAGGCCACUCACUGUGUGACAGGACUGAUAUUCUCUGUGCUUACUGCAUUCACUCUCCUGUACCUGCUGUUAUAGCCUGUCUACACUGCAAAGCCUAUCUGUGUGAGAAUCACCUGGGAGUACACAAUAAGUCAGAAGAACAUGUCUUACCUGAACCUAAUGUUUUAUGCUGUAAGAAGAAAAUCGUCAUGAAUAACAGCUUGGGAGAUGCUACUUGUGUCUCUGUAGCCUGCAGUUUGUCAGAAGAACAUGAAGCUCCUCAGGGGGAAAAGCUGAAUAAGGCAUCAGAGGAGAGGGGAAAAAAACUGAGAAAUGUCCUGGCGAAACUGAGCGCAAAGAGAGAGGAGACAGAGGAACGAGUACAGAGUUUACAGGAGCGCAGAAGGGAAGUACAAGAAAAAGCAGCCAUUGUGACAGAGAGAGUGGCUGGACUUUUCACAGACACCCGAGCACAACUAGAUGACCUAGAGAAGAGAGUACUGAGUAAUAUAUCCAGGCAGGAAGAGCAGAUUUCACUCUCAUUCUCUGAUCUGAUUCGGCAGUUGGAAAUAAAGAAGGAUGAGCUGUGUAGAAAGAUGAGCCUCAUUGAGGAGCUGUGUAAUAUGACUGAUCCAAUGACUAUCUUCCAGGGAUGGAAGUCGGUCAAAGAUGACUUUGCGGAGACAGAGAGAGGACGUAAUAAAGACACUGAGCUAAACGCUAUAAAAGGUCUGGAUGAGGGUCUGAUAUCAGUGACUUUACACACUGCUUUAUCGAGUAUUGUCACUUGUGUGAAAAGGGGGUUCUAUGUCCAGCAGGCACCAGACAUAGUACUAAAUGAAAACACAGCUUCUAAUGACAUAUGUCUAUCAGAUGACUUGAAAAGUGCAACAGGAUCAGCGAUAAACCAGAAUCGACCCAACACCGCAGAAAGAUUUCAGUAUACUCAAGUUGUAAGCUCCAGGAGUUUCUCCUCAGGACACUAUUACUGGGAAUUAGAGACUUGUGAGACUGGGCACUGGAGAGUAGGCGUGUCCUAUCCCAGUAUCGCUAGGAAAGGUUAUCACUCAGUCAUUGGAUACAAUACUAAGUCAUGGGGUCUGUGCAGAUAUUUUAAUCUAUAUUUUGUUAUUCAUGACAGAAAAGUAAUCCCUGUACUACAAAAGCCUUUGUGUCAGAGAUUAGGCAUAUAUCUGGACUAUGAUGCUGGCCACCUAUGUUUUUAUGAGCUAUGUCACCCAAUAAGACACUUACACACCUUCACUGCCACGUUCAUAGAGCCUCUUCAUCUGGCACUUAGUGUAUAUGCCGGAUGGGUAAGAAUAAGUAGUUAG